AGCCUCGAACCCCAAGAACGCAGAGCUGCAAAGCAAAAGGAACUAUAGAGAGAGAGGGACACAGGCGAGACGAGAGAGAGGGAAUGAGCUCGCCGGGGCCCGUGAUUCGCCUUUAACUUUCGCUUUCCUUCCCCCACGCCCUUUCACGACCCCUUCUAAAACCAUCCAUGCCCGCCCGCAACAAGCAGCAACAACUACUUCCCUCCCGCGGCAGCAGAGCAGCACGAGUACUAGGAGCGCCGUGAAGGUCACAUCGGGGGUGUGGGUGGGGGGUGGGGGGGAGGAGUCCAGGGCGCGAUGUCGCUGGCGAUGGACCCGCCGGCGCCGCCCGCGCGGCGCUCGAGCGCCACGAGCUGCGACCUGCACCCGGACGAGGCGUUCACCGGCUUCUGCGCCGCCUGCCUCCGCGAGCGCCUCGCGGGGCUCGAGGCGUCCGCCGCCGCGGCCUCCGCGCCAGGGCGCAAGUCCACGUCCGCCAUCCGGUCCCUCUUCGCCAGGCCUUUCGCGGCGGCCGGCGGCAGCGGCUCCUCUGCGCCCGGCGCGGCCGAGCCGCCAGACCUACGGCGGUGCAAGUCCUUCUCGUGCGGCCGCGGCGGCGACGUGCUCUCCGCCGCCGCCGCCGCCGCUGCUGCAAGGGCGGGCGACGAGCCGCAGCGGCGGUCGUGCGACGUGCGGGGCCGGAGCACGCUCUGGGCGCUCUUCCACCAGGACGACCGUGACCGCGUCCGCGACGGCACGGCGUUCGGCUCCUUCCCUGUCUCGUCUUCCGUCGCCGCGGCGCUCACCGCCGACGUCGCGCUCCCGCUUCCGCAACCGCCGCCAUUGCAACGGCCGUGCGUCAUGGAGGAUUUCUCGGAGGAGGACAUCCCGGUGGUCAUGGAGUGCGAUGAGAUAAUGCCGGUGGUGGAGCUGGAGCCCGUCCAUGGGGUUGACACCUCCGGGGAAAUUAAGGAAGUCGAAGCCAAUGUGGCACGGGAUGUGAAGGCCAUAAAGGAUCAUAUCGACCUCGAGUCGUCGGAGCCCAAGACGAAGCCUACGCCGAAAGACCUGAAAGAGAUCGCGGGGAGUUUCUGGGAGGCUGCGUCCGUGUUCAGCAAGAAGUGGCAGAAAUGGCGGCGCAAGCAGAAGCUCAAGAAGGAGGCCGCGGUGAGCAAGGCCGCGGCCGCGGCAAUGCCGCCGCCGGAGAAGCCAUCCAAACCGUCGUUCCUCCGGCGGCGGCGCCUCCGCGGGGAAGCAGGCUCGGAACACGCGUUGGGCCGCCGAUCCUGCGACACCGACCCGCGCUUCUCCCUCGACGCCGGCCGCAUGUCCAUCGACGACGCUGGCUUCUCCUGGGACGAGCCGCGCGCGUCCUGGGACGGGUACCUGUUCGGCGCGGGCGGCGGCAUUGGGCUAGGCCGCGCGCCUCCGCCUCUCUCCCGACUCCCUCCCAUCCUGUCUGUCAUGGAGGACGCUCCGGCCGCCGUCGUCGAGCGCUCAGACGGUCAAAUUCCCGUGGAAGACGAUGCUGACCUUGAGCCUCCGGGGGGAACUUUCCAGACAAGAGACUACUACUUGGACUCUUCCAGCCGGAGGCGCCGCAGCCUGGAACGGUCCAGCUCCGUGCGCAGGCCGUCGUUCGAAGUCCCCGAACCAAAACCAAUACCCGCCGCCGCAGCAGCCAUCGGCAAUGAGUCCCCCAUUGCCAUUGGCGGCUCAGAGUUCUACCACUUCCACCAUGCCGAGGACUUGCUCGACCGGGGCUUCAGCUCAAACUCCCUCGUGGAAGACAUCUCCGCGAGCCUAGAGGCCGCAUUGUCUGGCCCGUCGUCGUCCAAGAAGCCGCCACGGUGGCGCAAAGCGUGGAGCCUCUGGGGAUUCAUCCACCGGAGAGCCGCCGGGCGGAGGACCGGCGGCGGCGGGGGCGGCCCGUCCGACAUCGCUGACCGGUCCUUCUCGGAGCCGUGGCCUGACCUGCGCGUCCGCGGGGGCAACCCCAAGAUGCAGCGGUGCAACAGCAACCUGAGCGCCCGCAGCUCGUUCAGCAGCAACAGCGGCGGGCUCGGCAGCUCGAGGCGCAGCUACGUGGACAUGAACGGCAACGUGAAGCUGCGGAGGGGGGAGGAGCACGCGCAGGCGCACGCGCUGGAGCGGAACCGGAGCGCGCGGCAUUCGCCGCCUGGGCGCGUCGACAACGGCAUGCUGCGGUUCUACCUCACGCCGAUGCGGAGCGGCGGAGGCGGCGGCGGCGUCGUGCGGCGGGUCGGCGGCGGUGGCCUGCCGGGAAAGGCCGGGCGUCAGCUGACCUCGCAGUCGUUCGCCCGGAGCGUGCUUCGUCUGUACUGAACCCAGCGCAGGCAGGCCAGGUUCCUCCGUCUGUCUGUCUGUCUGUCUGUGGCGCUGCGCUGCAGUUGAUGAGGCCUUGAGGGGGACCGGUCAUAGCCAUAAAUCUUCGUGUAUUGUAAUCUCUUGUUUGUAUUUCUUUCUGUUCAUUGUGAGGGGGGUUGGGGGGGAUAACACGCGGUUCAUGUCAUAAUUUCCUCUCGCUAUUACUACUGCGUGUCAUGUCGUUC